CUUUCAACAACUUCGUGGCGUCUGUAACUUUGCCUUGCAUCGAGGACACACAAUUUGUAGCCUAAGGAAAAAAUGGGAUCUUGGUUUUCCAAAAAAUCAAGGGAUCCACCUGAUUCAUUUGAUUCAUUGAUGGAAACUGGCUGGUGUGACAUCCCCUGGAGCCGUGAUACACUUGAGAAGCCGAAGGAAACUUUGAGAGCGCUUCAACCUAAGCACCCUGAUGUAGAGCAUCUCCGAAUCCUUGUGAUUGGCCCUGUCGGAGCUGGAAAAUCCAGCUUCAUCCAUUCUAUAGACAGCAUCUUCCAGAACAAGAUAAUGAAUGCAUCUUACAGAGUGGCUACUGAUCAAAGAAGCUUCACUAACACAUUCACAACCUACACAUUUCAAGAUGAAAGUGGAAAUCGUCUACCAUUUGUCAUCGGUGAUGUCAUGGGCCUGGAAAAUGAAGACGAUUCUGGAGCCAAUACCGAAGACAUUGUCAAUGCUUUAAAAGGUCACAUCAAAGAGAAUUACACGUUUAAUUCUGUAAAGGCAUGCUCAGUGAAUGACCCAGGAUAUAACAGCAACCCAACUCUGAACGACAAGGUUCACUGCUUAGUGUUCGUCAUUCCAAUAGACAACUUCGCCAAUCAUGCAAAAGAGAGAGCAACUGUCCUUAUGCACGAUAACCUCAUCAGGAAGAUGCAACACAUCAGACGAAAAGCCCGCGAUUUGAGGAUCCGUCAAGUGAUUAUCUUGACAAAAGUGGACUUGGAUUGCCAUCAUGUGACAGAGGGCAUCAGAAAUGUCUACAGGAGUAAGAACAUCCAUCAAAAGAUUACACUUGGUGAUUCAACGCCAGUGGUGAUGACACAGAAGACAUGUUCCUGUGUGGCAGGCACUGCUUUAUGCAGCCACAUAGUGGCCCUGCUGUAUCAAACGGCACAAUAUUCACAACUUGAAAUACCAGUGGUACCCCCUGUUCAUAGCUGCACAGAGUCAGAACAGCAAUGGCACAAGCCAAGAACUAUGGGUGUGAAGCCUGGACCCAUCAACGGUCAUGGUCUUCACCAAGCCAGUACCAAAGCGAAGGGUACAGACUGGAGUAAGGGAGAAAAGGCGUGGCUAUUUAAAAAAAAAAGAUUACUCUGCCUUCUCCAUUGAUGGAAAAAGAUUGGAGAGAAAUCAAAUGGGGAGACAAAGAGAAGGAACUUAAAGCACUGAAAAGCAAAGUGCAGGAACUUCAACUGGCAGUCCAGAUGUCCAACAUCUGCGGAUCCUCAUGUACGGACCACCCGGAGCCGGGAAGUCCAGCUUCGUCAACACCAUCGACAGCAUCUUUCAGGACCGCAUGACCAGUGCAGCCACUGUAGAUGCAUCAACU